UUGAGCAAUUUCUUAAAAACUCGCCAUGUCAGAUCUAAAUGGACCGGCAACGUUCGCAGACGACGGCCGAGCCACUAUUGAGCGCACAGUGGAAAUAAAUUCCAUCAAGAUCGACAACAUCGACAGCUAUUAUGAAAUCGAGCGGACAUGUCAGCGUAUUCUCGAAGGCGGCUAUUCUCGAAUAGCGCUGCAGUUUCCCGACGAAUUGUUGCCUGAUUCUGCUUCAGUAGCCAGUAAACUUCGGGAUAGAACUGGAAAGAGCGUCUUCAUUCUAGCCGAUACUUCGUAUGGAAGCUGUUGUGUCGACGAAGUUGCCGCAGAGCAUGUCAGCGCUGACUUCAUAGUCCACUAUGGUCGUUCCUGUCUUAGCCCUACGUCUCGGCUUCCGGUGCUCUAUGUAUUUGGACAACAAUCGAUAUCAGUGGAGAAGUGCGUCAGCGAGUUUGACAGAUUAAUUGAAAACAAAGAUACACCGAUCAUUGUCAUGUAUGAUGUGACCUUCUCUCAUGCCGCUGACCAGAUAAACAAUCAACUGAGUAAAAUAUUUUCUACCGCGAUAGCAACUAAAAUCACCAAAGAAGCCAACACCAACCACAAUUGCCAGGAGACACCUGUUUCAGACUCUCAAUCUAGCCAAGAAUAUGCUAGUACCACAGACGACUGCUGCGGUUCGAGCGCGUGCUGUAAGAAGCCAGUCGUGAACAAGCCUCUCAUCAAUCCAGAGCAAGCCCAAGGAGGACGGACGUACGUACUUCCUGAAGAUGUCAAACUGGAAGAUUGUACUAUCUUGUAUAUUGGUGAAGAGAACAUUACUCUCACAAACAUCAUGAUGGUACAUAACAAAUGCCCUGUCAUUACGUACAACCCAGAGAAAAAGGAGGCACAUAGAGAAACAGUUCCUGUAAAUAGGCUGUUGAUGAAGCGAUACUUUUUGGUGCAAAAAGCGAAAGAUGCUGAUGUUAUUGGAAUAGUUGUUGGCACUCUUGGUGUUGCGUCUUACAUGACUAUCAUCGAUCAUCUGAAGAAGCUUAUUGCGGCUGCUGGAAAGAAGUCUUAUACCUUUGUUAUGGGCAAACUUAAUGUUGCCAAAAUGGCCAAUUUUAUGGAAAUAGACUGCUACGUUCUAGUAGCUUGCCCGGAAAACAGUUUGAUAGACUCAAAGGAGUUUUACCGGCCCAUUGUAACUCCAUUUGAAUUGGAGAUAGCACUGUCAAAGCAAAAGGAGUGGACAGGAGACUAUAUUACAGAUUUCCAACGACUGUUACCGGGGCUUCGGGAUGAUGAUUUUACCUACGACGAUGAAGAGGAGAGAGAGGAGAAUUUAAGCGACGAAGAGCCUCAUUUCUCACUGAUCACAGGGGAAUACAAGCAAGGUCGAAAGUAUGGAUCCAAAAAGCUUGAUGGCACAUCUUUAUUGGUAUCUGGUAUCACGGAUCUAUCGUUACGCAACAAUGAAUCGGCAUUAUCUACUCUCCUUGAAAGCCCUUCUGGUGCAUUUUUGAAAACCCGAACAUUCCGAGGACUAGAGCAAAAGACAGGAGAGCAUGAAGCGAGUCUGGUUGAGGAAGGUCGCAGUGGAAUUGCCAGAGGCUACUCUACAGAAAAAGAUUUAAACACUUCAGCACCGUAGUUAGCCGUAAAAAUCAAGGCUUUUUUCUGUGUAUAGAAGCUUUUCUUUUUGCCUUAUAUAAAGUGUCGCUCUAUUGUACCUGAGACUUAAAUCUCAGGAAGAGGAAUGAAGUCAUUUUGUCAUAUUGAGGGGCGCCCUUCAGGAAAUAGGAAGUGGCUUGCAGACUGCCAUUCCAAGGUGCCGAAUUUUUGUAAUUUACGCGGUCUUCUUAAAAUAAAAGAAAAGUAGAAAGAUUGGUAAGCG